AUGGCACUUGAUUUGUUGUCAAGAAUCACUCUGCGGCCAUUCACGUUAAGCGACGUGGAUGAUUUCAUGUUAGUAGUAUGUGAUGAUAGAGUAACAAACUUGACUAGAAGGAAAACUUUGGUUUCAAGGGAACAAACUUUGAGUUAUAUUCAAGAUGUAUGCAUUCCUCACCCUUGGACACGUUCCAUAUGCAUUGACAAUAAAACUAUUGGAUUCAUUUCAAUUUCUCCAGCUGGAUCUGGCGAUGAUGAUGAUGACAGGUGUAGGGCUGAUGUUGGCUAUGCUGUAGCUGCUAACUACUGGGGUCAAGGGAUUUGCACCAAAGCUGUUAAGGUUGCUGUAUCACAAGUUUGCAAGGAUAUUCCUUGUUUGGUAAGGUUACAAGCUUUUGUUGAUGUGGAGAAUCAAGCUUCACAGAGGGUUUUGGAUAAGGCAGGGUUCUUUAGGGAGGGUGUACUUAGAAAGUAUUCCUAUGUCAAAGGGAAGGUUAAGGAUAUAGCUAUUUUUAGCUUUUUGUUAGAGGAUCCUAAUGUGAAAAUCACAUAA